GCAGGAGGAGAUGGAGGAGGCGGGGCCUCCAGGCGACCGCCGCUGGUGGUGUUGCAGAUGAGGAGGAGGCGGCUGCGGUGUUGGAAGAGGAGGAGGCGGCGGCGGUGGUGUAGGGAACUGGAACGCGAACGGAGAUGGUGCCCUUGGUUCUGCUCAGUAGGGUCAGAGUUCCUGCUAGUGCUGCAGACACCCAGCAUGUGCUGACCUGGUGACAGCCAUAGUUACCAUAAUUAGUGAUUAGAUAUCACUCAAGAAAGUGGCUUCUAAGAGUAAAGUUGUCUGUUUCCUGUCGAUGGAAUGUUGAGGCACGCUGGCCAUCAUCAGAGAGGCUGUCCAAUCAGAAGGGGGCCGCUCUAAAGGCUGGGCCACCUGCACCAUGGGCCAGUGUGUCACCAAAUGCAAGAAUCCGUCAUCCACCUUAGGCAGCAAAAAUGGAGAUCGGGAUCCCAGUGGCAAAUCCCACAGUAAGCGCAGUGGGGGCCACCGAGAUGAUCACACCCCAACUUGUGGGAAGCCUGGUGGUGACAUCCUUGUCAAUGGGACCAAGAAGGCAGAGGCAACUUCAGAGUCAUGUCAGUUUCCAACAUCAUCUGGAGAUGCCAGGAGGGAUCCUGAGUCCAGCACUGAGGAGUCAUCCCUGCAGAGGAUGGAGGAACUAUUUAGGCGUUAUAAGGAUGAGCGGGAAGAGGCGAUUUUGGAGGAGGGCAUGGAGCGCUUCUGUAAUGAUUUGUGUGUUGAUCCCACAGAAUUUAAAGUACUAGUCUUGGCUUGGAAAUUCCAGGCUGCUACCAUGUGCAAGUUCACAAGGAAGGAGUUUUUUGAGGGCUGCAAAGCCAUAAGUGCAGACAGCAUUGAUGGGAUUUGUGCUCGGUUCCCCAGUCUCCUAAAUGAAGCCAAACAAGAGGAUAAGUUCAAGGAUCUCUACCGCUUUACAUUUCAGUUUGGCCUGGACUCUGAAGAAGGGCAGAGGUCACUGCAUAGGGAAAUAGCCAUUGCCCUUUGGAAGCUUGUCUUUACCCAAAACAACCCCCCUGUGUUGGACCAGUGGUUACACUUCCUAACAGAGAACCCCUCGGGAGUCAAGGGAAUUUCCCGAGACACAUGGAACAUGUUCCUAAACUUUACUCAGGUGAUCGGACCCGACCUCAGUAACUACAGCGAAGAUGAGGCCUGGCCUAGUCUCUUUGAUACUUUUGUGGAAUGGGAGAUGGAACGAAGGAAAAAGGGAGAGGAAAUGAAAGGUCUGACGACUUCAGACACAGAGAGCCUGUGUCAAGAGGAGCAGACUUAUCAGUAUGUGUGAGAAGCCGUGACAGAACCGCCUGCUGUCUGUUGUCCUUCAGCCAGUGGAGAACUUGGAACUUUCUGGAAAUUACUGAGGAUCCGGAUAUUUUCUACUUUACACCUUUCUCUGCCUUGUAUUUGAAAGGGCUCUAAAAUGCUGUAUCAUGUUUUAGGCACUUUCUUCAUUUUUGGUUAUCCUCUUUAAAUGUUUUUUUGGGUUUUUUUUUUUUGGUCCUGAAAUAUUUGACCCUGGCUACAUGUUGUGUAAUUUUUUUUUAAGCCUUCAGAUAGAAUGAGUCUGCCAUUUCUUGCACAAUUUAGAUUUUUAUUUGGGGGGGAGGGGAGGAGUCAGGGUUAGGUUGAAUUAACAUUACAAAAUGAUACAGUGCCAGAUCUCAGUUUUUCAUACUACAUUUUUCAGGGCAGGUCUGUACUGUGUGUAGUGCUGUUUACAUGGUUGAAUUUAGGUUGUAAUAAUUAUUUUACAGGAUUUACACAGAGUUGAAUAGCAGUGUUAACUGUUAGCCACUUUGCGUUAAUUCCCAGACAGUUUGAAGCUCUAAAAACAAAGGAAAACAAUUUGCAGUCUGGUGAAAUCCCAUUUUAAGCUAAUUCAAGAAACCCUAAUUUUUUUUUCUCCCUGUUCAUUCCUUUCCUUCACCCAUUGCAUUACAUAGUUUAUUCAUCAACAUGCUGUGCCUGUCAUUCAAGUGAGCGGUUUCUAACACAUUGUACUGAAAACCACUUAAGCGUCAAAUGCAGAGAAAGCAGUGCUACCUCAGUUUUGCUGGAAGUAGACCUCUUUGAUAGUUUUCUGUCUGUGAUGAAGUUGCUGUAUUUUCAUGUUCUAAGUGGAAAUACUUUUUUUUUCUUUGACUCGGAGCCAAAGGUUCUGUUCCCCAUGGUUGGCAAACUCCGUGCCCACUGGCCAACAAACUUGAAGGAAAACUGUGGUAAUGGAGCUCUGCUUGAAUUUUUGUUUUGAUCUCUCUCUCUCUCAAGUAUCAUCAGCUUACUUGUCUGGCAAGUGCAGGAAGCCCUGGCUGGCCUCAGUGCUGCCAAACAAAUGUUUGAAAGUGUGUUUAAUGGUUAAAUUCUUAUGCCCUCUCCCUUCUUGCUGCAACCAUGUUGUCACCUGACCCAGUGAGUUAUUUAUUAUCUUUUUUUUUUUAAUGUUGGGCUCAUUUGGGGUGAUGUGAUGACUGUUUAGGUUUACAUAAAUUUCCCUCCCUCCCCUCUGAAAUUUCUUAGGUUCAUUGCUUGUUUAAGCUGGUUUGUAAAAAGGGAAGCAGCUUUCAGGGUGCAGGGUGUAUGGGUUGGGGUGGGUGGAAUGGAGGAGGCUUUUUCUAGGCUGUUGAUUGAGUCUUUGAAUUCUGAAAUCAGAAUCUGGACCAUUUUCAUAAAAGAGAGAAUGGAUUCUUGCAGCUUUUUCCCCUGCCCGCAACAUUGACCUGGCUGAUCUUUAUGAUAUAUUUGGAUAAACCUUGGGCUGACUGAUCUCCCAGGCUGGGUCACGAGGAACUGGUUUCUUGUCCAAACCUAAUCCCAGUGGAGGGAUCAUCUCUUAUAUUUUGGUUUUAAUAAAUUAGUUUGGUAAGGAAAAGAGUAUGGCACUGGGGACUUAACAAUACAAAUCUGCUUCCAAUGCUUUUGAACUCAUUGAAAAGCAAAUCUGUCAAGUGAAAACUUUUUUAUGCCCUUUUAUAGUAAAAAUGGUUUGUUUCAUAACGUUUAAGCCCAUUUUCUGCCCGUGUGCUGCACAGCCUUUAGCUUGGGCAUGGUCUAUUCCUUUUUAGCUCUGGCCUCCUUUACUAGAGAGCUUGAACUUAGAUCUUUGCAGGAAUGAUGUUUUGUGGAGUUUCUGCAGUGAACAUUUUUCUAUUGAACUUAAAACACAUUUUAUAUCAAAAAUUUUUAAAGCCCUAAACUCAACAAGUUUUCCUUUAAAAGAAAGAGAGAGGGGUGGGGGUGGGGGAAUCUACAUUUUAAAAUUACCACAAAGUGAAUAGGUGAUAUUGUAGGACUGUAGGGAAUUCUGGCCUAUUUCCAUAGAGCAACCACAGCUCAGGCCAGCUUAACUGAAGGCCUUCAGUUACCCCAGCAGGUUUGGUAGAUUCAGUUACAGUUCUAAGACUGAAAAAGUCUUUGCCUGAUAAUCCUAGAGUGAUGACCAGAGGGCUUUUCCCAUUUCAGUUUGUUUUACAUACCCCAACUUUCCAAAUGCAAUCUCAGGCAUUUUGGGGACAGACAGACACUGUUGCUUCUAGGGGAGCAGUGGUCCAAUUGAAAGGGGGUGAGGGAAGCCAUAAGAAUCCUCUAGACCUUUAGUGAGAUUCGAUUCCUUUCCUAGCCUAAAAAGAAGGCAUUCUGUAUAGAUGUACUGUAUUAUGGGUUUGGUUUUUGUUUAUUUUAAAUUAAAAAAGGAAAAUUUUCAGAGGAGCCAUUUUUUAAAAAAAUAUUUUUAAUGAACCAUUCGUUAUUAAAAUGCAACACAAAAAGCAGUUCAGAUUGCAAAUGAGCCAGAAAAUGGAGUGUUAAGUCAAGUACAUGCUGUUCCUACCUCCCCACUUUGUGUCCCUAUUAUACAGCAAGGAGUUAAGAUGUGUCUGUAUUAGCUCUGGGUUGAUGUUCUUUGUGGUCAUGAAUAAAGUUUAGUGUAGGCUUUUAUGUUAAGAUCCCUCUCUCAUAGGGGUGGGGGUUGUUGUUCCUGCUUCUUGGAAAUGAAAAGUUCAUUACUAUUAACUCUCAACGUGAAAAUGAGCUCAUAUAAUGGCCGAGUUGUGUUUCUGUGGAAUAAGUCAAAAAAUGUAUGGAGUGUGUUAUGUGCACAGCAUUGGAAUACUGCAAACAUUGAGACACCUUUUACUUUAAAAGCAGCAGCUGAAGUUGAUGUAAGAGAGUGGCAUUUUAGAAACCAUAAGGAACUUUUGAGUGUGGCUAAUUACACCAAAUUAAUACACGGUGGGAAACCUGCUUUUGGCAAAUAGCUUCUAUCUAUGAGCUAGUCUUUCCUUAGUUUACUGGGACGCUGUUAUGAGAGAAAGCGCUGGCAGUGAUUACUCUUUUUUCUGUCCCUAAGAAGUGGGACACAGUUGGAAUAUUUUGCCACCUCAGUAAUAAAAUGCUACUCAUUUUAGGCAGAGCAGGUUGGCUUUCCCACCUUUCUCGUGAUUGUUGUGUCCAUGGAUGUGAGUUGAGACUAGGAAUCCACACCUACUAAUUUUAUAACAGAUAACAGAACACAUUUUAACCAUUAGUGAUUGGAAGGCAAAAUGCUUGUGUUAGAAACAGAACUGGAAUUAAGUGGAAGUAUGAAUGUGCAACAUCCCUUGACCCAAAAAAGUCUCAUUGAGAAGUGCAGUAUUUUCAGGUUGUGCUUACUUAGGAAAGGGACACUCUAACCUCCUUUAGAAAGGAAGGGUACAAUUGUGCAGUAUUAGGCUGUCUCAGAAAUGUUGCUGGCCUCCCAGAUGGUGGUGCCAAAAUUUGUUCCUGGGUACAAGGUGCUGGUAGGAGUGAGGCAUUGAGUGAUUUAUUUUCACAGCCUUAUGUUGUAUCCAGUCAUUCUGAAAAAAUAGCCUGCUCUGAAGCUGAAAAGUUUAGAGUGUAUUUUAGUUAGAGCAAAAACGUCUACUUGGAGUGGUGACCAACCCUUGAAAGCGCAUUGCUUGAAAACAGGACAAAUCCUGUAUCGUAAAGAACGGUAAUGUCACCAAUUUAAAAGUUGGGUGAGUAGAGGAGUAAGGGACAGCACAAAGGUAGACCCAAAUGUAAGUAAAGGCUGGGAGAUGAUUUUUUAAUCCAUCGUUUGCUUUGCUGUUUAUCCUAUUUCUUUUAUAACUGGUUAGUGGUAUUUUGAACUUGACUAUUGAAGUAACUGACAGGCCUUCCCUAGGGGAGUUCAGCAGUAGUUUGACUGAAAAGCAUGAGACUAGACUGCUGAAGUAUGUUGAACUGAAGGAUUACUCGUUUUUAUCCAUCUUGUUUGUGGGCUUUAUAGAAGCUUUCCAACAAUCUCUCUCCCUGCUGUAAUUAGAGCAUUCAGUCAGUUGUUCUCAAGUUGGUCUGGCCUCCAUGGCUGCCUUUCUUUGAGGAAUAGCAGCUUUUGCUUUGAAUAUGUUUGGAAGAAAACCUGAUGUUGGAGCACCAGUUGUUGCAGAAAUGGUAUGAACAGCAUUGAGGUAACCCAUGGAUCCUGCUUUUGAUCCAGAUGAUGUAUUAUCAUGGUCUUCUUACAGGCUUGCCUCUGUUCCUAUAAAGUCCACCCUACAUUCCAUAGAUGAUAUUUUUACCCUCCCCCUGAAGAAAAGAUUAAAUUCAUCAGAAAAGAAAAAACAAACAAUCUUGGAAAUUUCCAAAGGAUGCUACUUAGCAAUUGCUGCAGUUCAUUCCUGAUAAAUACAAGAAUUUUUAAAAAAUUCCUUCCCAAAGCCAUUGCCAUCUUCCCCACCCCUCCCCAAUCCUUUGGGUCUAUGUGGUCACUCACUUCUUAACCUGUUGCACUAAAUGGGCAGUUUUGUUUCAAAGGGAAAUUUGAAGCAAUAGGCAACAGGGCUUGGGCAGAUUAGUCCUGCAAACAACUUGCCUUAAUCUGUUGGGUUAGUUAGUUUAUCACUAAUGUUGUAAUCCUCCACCUUUAUGUAUUUUUAAUGGUUUUUUUAUGUGUAUCCUUUACUUCAAGGUUGUACAAACUGUUGAAAAGCUACCUUUUGUGUUUUCUGCAUUGUUGCACUAUUCAAACGGCCCCUUUUUAAUAUGUUUGUUACCUUGUUACACACAUUUUGUCUUUGGUGUCUACACUAUUUUCCCCCUUAAAUGUAUUUUAUUUGAAGGUUACCUGCUGUUGAAUUUAAUAAAUUUGUUUACUUGA